GUCAAAACCAGAGCCAGAGCGAGCGCGCACGCAAACGGACACGGAGCUCGGAUAAACUACGCAAAAGUAUCCAUAAAAUAAUACAAAAAGAGGAAAAAAUACUAAAGAGAAUAGGAAAGGAAAAGUCACAAAAAAAUCGUGCAAAAAAUAUUUGAUAAGCGCAGCAAAAAUUAAACCCAAAUCAUAAUUAGCAGACUUUAUUAACUGUAAAAACUGCCAGAGCUAAGCAAAAAACUCAAAAAUUAAACACAAGAGAUAGAACGAGAAUAGAAUAGAACGAGAGGCUGUGAAUGCGAAUGUAUGCGUGAGCGUGUGUGCCUGUGUGUGUGUUUGUGCGUGUGCCUGUGUGUGUGUGUGUGAAUGCGUGUGUUCAAAAGAGAAGCGCAAACAAUUUGUUGAAUACCUCAGCCAGAGUUAAGGGCCAAAACGGAAAAACCCACAAAGAGCACUAACGAAAACGAAAGUGAAAUCAAAAGAAAAAUCAAAAUAGAAAUAAAAAGAAAAACUGCAACUAAAAACUGUGAGUGGAAAAUUCCCCUGUCCCUUUAAGCUUAGUUGAAGAGAAAGGGCGAAAAAUUGGCGGCGCAAAAGUUAAAAAGGACAAAGGCGAUUAAGGAGCAGCAGGAGCAACAGCAGAAGCGGCAGCACCAGCAGCAGCUUGGCAAGGACGAGGCCCAGCACGAAAGAUAUUUUCACAUCAGGAGCAGCAGUCCAAGCAGCAAUCCAAGCAGCAGACCAAGGAUAAGGCGUGAAGGUGCAUUUAUUAUAGAGACCACGUCCAGUGUAUAAUAUUUGAAAUCAAAGCAUUAGGGUAUGACCAUGCCAGUGCUAGACGUGCCGCACAAGUUAACCCAGAGCACUACAGCUGUGAAAAUGAAAAAGGAAACCAAACCCAGAAACAGAAACCGAAACCGAAAAAGAAAACUCACAGCACUGGGCAAGCGGAAAAGGAGCAUAGAAGCCAAUUGAUAAUGAUGACAAAUCUAAAUCGAAAAUCAAAUCGAAAACCAAAAACAAAACGACACAUUUACUCUAUAUAUUUUCUCUUUGGUUCCUUGAUGUGUUACAUUAGAAACAUUUGUGCUGCAAUUGUGCAGCAGCAAAUGGCAACAACGGAAACGGAAAUAGAUGAAACGGAUGCGGAUGCGGAUACGUAUGGGAAUGUGGAUGUGGAUAUGGAAAUGGAGGUGAUAGCGGAUACGGAAACGGAUGCCCGCACUAUGAUGAUGGGAAUUUGCAUUAUAAGACUGAUAACAUUAAAAAGAUUUCUAGAGAUUUCUUCUUCAACACACAAAAGAAAAACUAACAUCAACGACAACAACGACGAUAAAGAAGACGAAAAUGACGAUGAAAAUGAGGUUGAGGAGAACGAGGAGAUGGAGGAGGAGGAGAAGGAGAACGACAAACACAAUCAAUGGCAAUCAGCAAAGCGACGACAUCAACUAUACACGCAUCCACAAUCCUGUUGGCGACACCAGCUGACGCCUAGCACGAUGAUAAUGCUCUUGCUGUUGCUAUCCUCACACUGGCCGGAUUGUUGCCAGUGCCUGCAGGGUGGAAGUAACACGGUGAAAACCAAAUACGGCCUACUACGGGGAAUAGUAGUGCGCUCUACGCCAUCGCCAUUGGUGGAAGCAUUUCUGGGUAUACCAUACGCCUCGCCGCCGGUGGGCAGUCUCAGAUUUAUGCCACCAAUAACACCAUCAACGUGGAAAACAGUACGUAAUGCGGAUCGAUUCUCACCCGUCUGUCCGCAAAAUGUGCCCAUACCACCAAAUGGGCCAGAGGCUCUAUUGGAGUUACCCCGCUCACGACUCGCCCAGCUGCGACGAUUAUUGCCGCUGCUUAAGAACCAAUCGGAAGACUGUUUAUAUCUUAAUAUCUAUGUGCCCUAUGAGACGCAACACCUCAGACGUUACACAAGCGAAAGACCCAAUCAGGAGACCGAUUCUACAACAGCUGAAGAUUCCGCUGAAGAUAGUUCACCAAAGCUAUCGACUGUGGUCUUUAUACAUGGCGAAUCGUAUGACUGGAAUUCGGGUAAUCCCUAUGAUGGCUCUGAACUGGCAGCCCAUGGUAAUGUCAUUGUGGUGACAAUCAAUUUUCGCUUGGGUAUCUUUGGUUUCCUUAAAACUGGAGGCAAAGAGAGUGCCCAGGGUAAUUUUGGUUUAAUGGAUCUGGUUGCCGGUUUACAUUGGCUCAAAGAGAAUUUACCAGCAUUCGGUGGUGAUCCACAGAGUAUCACACUAUUGGGCUAUGGUACGGGCGCUGUGCUAGCCAAUAUAUUGGUUGUCUCACCAGUGGCAAGUGAUCUUAUACAGCGCACUGUAUUGAUCAGUGGAUCGGCAUUGUCUCCUUGGGCCAUACAAAAGAAUCCCUUGUUUGUGAAACGUCGUGUAGCCGAACAGACUGGCUGUCAUGGUGAUAUGCUCUAUGAUGAUCUAGCUCCCUGUUUACGUACAAAAAGUGUUGCUGAAUUGCUGGCAGUUAAAAUUGAUCACCCACGUUUCCUGGUGGGUUUUGCACCAUUCGUGGAUGGAACUGUCAUAUCGCCUGGUGCCAAUCCCAUGGGUAGCACCACUCUACCCAUGGGCUCAGCUAUUGUUAGUACUUCAGGAAUUGAAUAUGCAAACUUUCCGAAACGUGACCUCAUCUUCUGCCUUACAUCUGUGGAAUCCUAUCUGGACUUGAGUGCCCAAGACUUGGAAUUUGGUUUUAAUGAAACGCGACGUGAUCGCAUUUUACGCACUUUUGUGCGCAAUAAUUUCCAUUAUCAUUUGAAUGAGAUAUUUGCCGUCUUAAAGAAUGAGUACACCGACUGGGAGAAGGCCAUACGCAAUCCUUUGAGUUCCCGCGAUGCUACUUUACAAUUUCUAAGUGAUGGUCAUACAGCAUCGCCAUUGAUUAAGUUAGGGUAUAUGCAUAGUUUGCGUGGUGGUCGAACAUAUUUUUUGCAUUUUAAGCAUAAAACGAUCGAAGAAGAAUAUCCACAGAGAACUGGCUCAGUACGCGGUGAAGAUGUCCCAUUUUGGUUAGGUCUACCCGUUUCACCGCUUUUUCCACAUAAUUAUACAACACAAGAGCAUCAAAUUGGUCGGCUUAUGCUGCGUUAUCUAUCCAAUUUUGCCAAAACUGGAAAUCCCAACCAAUCUACGGCAAAUGCUCCAUUACCUCAACAGGGUCUAAGCAGAGAUGCUUCAGUGGCGACUUCACAUCAGCUACAGAAACGUUCCACAGUCCAUGCAUCUGGAGCAAGUGAAGCCAUGAGCCUGGCUGUUCUAUAUAAUCAACGUCGCAGCAAUGCCAUGCACGAGAAACGAGGCUAUGUUAGAAGACGAUUGAGGAGUAACGAUGCAGGAGCUGGAGUUUUCACCCAAUUGGGCCUGGGCAAUGGUGGGGACACAGGCAGCUACGAUGGCGAUGAAUUACCAUUCUGGGAUGCCUACGAUGUGGUCAAUCAAUUAUAUGUAGAGUUGGGCAACAAAGCCAAUAUACAAAGUCAUUAUAGAGGACAUAAGCUAUCCAUGUGGCUAAAUCUUAUACCCCAAUUGCAUCGCCAUUUUAACAUUAACGACCAAUCUAUGCGGCAUCAUCAGUUUCAGGACGAUAUGAAUAAUAGAGAUCUCUAUGAAGGAGUUGUUCGACCUCAACUGCAGAUAAAACCAGCGGAUGAUGAUAAUAUUCUGCUCAUACAAUCAACGAGGACGACAACUCCGCCACCAGCUCCAUCCAAGAAUCAUAGUCCAAAUGCCACACAGGCCGUGAAUGCAAUAACCACGGGAGUGACCACUACAGAGUGCAAUAUUGAUGGUGCUAUGUCCGUCUCCGAAUUGACCACCACUCAAGCGCCUAAAGACAAUCGCACUGGUCAGACAACACGCUUGGAAAAUCAAAAGGAUUUGGCCACUGCAUCCACUGGAAUUAUAGGGAAUCUUGAGUUACUGCGUCGCUUGAGCGGCAAACAGUUUCAGAGUUAUACCACAGCCUUAAUAGCCACUGUGGCAGUUGGCUGCUUUUUAUUGAUCCUAAAUGUUCUGAUCUUUGCCGGAAUCUAUCACCAAAGGGAGAAACGUGCUCGGGAUGCCAAGACAAAGGAAGAAUUACAAGAAGGCGAUACGAGCAAGAAUUCCAGUGUCCUUAAAUUGAAUGGCGAUGGCAGUGAUGCCUAUACGUUAAGUGGUGCGGUAGUUGAUAGCAAAUCGGGAGGCAGUGGAGCCGUGGCAGGUGUGGGCGUUAUCUUUGGUGAAUACAGUUGCUAUGAUGAGAAGACCAAGCAAAUGAAAGAGGAGAAACUAUUGGUGGAAUUGCCACCAGCAUCAACAUCUAGUGCUGGACAAACAUCUCUGAUGAUGGAUAACUGGGGACCGUGCUCGACGAGCACUUUAGAUCUGCUGAAAACGAAACCCAUAGAAAUGGUGACUUAUAAUCCAUUGCCGACGGUUAUAGAGACAACAUCGGGGUUGAGCAGUAAACGUGGAUCAUUUGUACUGGAUCCCGGCAUGCAGUUUCCAAGUCCACAGCAAUUCGAUUAUGCCGUUCAAUCCUCAGAUCAAAUGUCUUUUAAGGCCAUUGAAGAAGCCGUUAAGGCGGGGGUAACAAGUGAAGCUGAUAUAAUGCGAGAUGAUGAUAUACCUGAACCACCGCCACCACCCAGGUCCUUUCUAGCUGCCCAACAGCAGCAGCAGCAACAGCAACACCAGCAGCAGACUGGAAUCCUGCGUCAGACCACCUCUGGCGGUGGCACGGUACCAAGUUCAGGGACUAGUGGAGGCAAAAAACGUGUACAUAUUCAGGAAAUCUCUGUCUAACCUAAUAUACCCUCCCAACUCUACUCGUAUAUACCUAAAUAUAGUACUAAACUAUCUAUUUCUGCCCCUCCCCCAACCUGAUAUAUACUCGUUUGAUUUAGUAUUCUUCCUAAUUUCAAUUCCUCACUCCAACCCUUUAUAGACAAUGCAACAAAAUUAAAGUGGGGAAAUAAAAUCAUUAUAUAAUUAUGUAUGUAUGUUUGUACAUUAUGUAAAUGUUCCUUGUAGUGGUAUAUAUUAUAUGUAGCAUUGAUUUUCCUUACCUUUUCCUUAACCCGCCCAAAAAAAUUGUUAUUUGUUGUUUUUUCACCUGCCCCACAUGCCUAGAAAAUCCCUAUAACUAAAUAAUUAUAUGUUAUAUGUGUGUAUAGUUUAUUUUAGGAUCUCGUAUUGCAUUUGCUU